GAGAGCCACUUUCGCCAAGGUCCCCAUAGGCCAUAGGUUGCCCUGCGGGUUUUACAAAACAAGAAGAAAAAAAAUCACCUGCUCAACGGCGGCAUCAUCGGCAAGACGGCGGGUUUCUGUACCAAUCUCAGCCUCCCCAUGUCCUGGGCGGUUUCCCUUGAAGGCUUGAACUAGAAGGUGUGAAAUCGUACGGAUGUCGAUGGUGACCCACUCGCUGUCGCUGUGGAUGACGACCCUCCACAUGAGGGCGCCCACGUUGCUCCCCGCCGUAGUCGCGCUGGACGGCUUGGCGGCCGCGGUAGCCUGGUGGCGCCAGGGCGAGCGAGAUCGUGAGGUAGUGGCCAAUAGAAGACGGCACGGCGGCGGCACGCGGCCAUGCGGGCGCAGUGAGACUCGAUCCCCGUCGGCGGCGGCGUGGAGUCGUGUCUAUCUGAUUCCAGGAAUCAAGCGUAUUGUGGUGAACAUGAACUCCACAUCUUCUCAGCGUGGUUACCCUGCCAAGAGGUGGUGUGCAGCGAACAUGAGCUCCACAUCUAUGCGUCACUCUGCAUGGAAGUCUGAGCCCUGGACUCACCUUACCCACAAACAGAGACGACCACAAUGGAUUGCUUAUAAUCCAAGGACAAUGAGGCCUCCACCACUUAGCACUGAUACCAAUUCUAUGAAGAUUCUGUCCUGGAACGUUAAUGGACUGCAAGCUAUUGUACAGUCAGGGUUUUCUGCAGAUGAAUUGGUUGCCAGAGAGAACUUUGACGUCUUAUGUCUUCAAGAGACACACUUGGAGGAGCGCAAUGUUGACCUUUUUAAAAACCUGGUACAUGAAUAUGAUUACACCUGUUGGUCAUGCAGUGUUGCAAGGCUUGGUUAUUCAGGAACUGCUGUUAUAUCACGGGUACAACCAAUCUCAGUUCAAUAUGGGCUUGGCAUACCAGAGCAUGAUCAGGAAGGCAGGCUUAUUACCUUGGAGUUUGAUGAUUUUUACUUGGUCAAUGCUUAUGUCCCAAAUUCUGGCCGUGGUUUACGUAGACUGAAUUACAGGAUCAAUGAUUGGGAUCCAUGCUUUAGCGACUUCAUAAAGAAACUGGAAUGUUCUAAACCAGUAAUUGUUGCUGGGGAUCUAAACUGUGCUCGUCAAAGUAUUGACAUUCACAAUCCUCAAGCAAAAACCGAGGCUGCAGGUUUCACAAUUGAAGAGAGAGAGUCAUUUGAGGUCAACUUCUCAAGAAAAGGCCUCGUUGAUACAUUCCGUAAACAACACCCGAAUGCAGUGGCCUACACUUUCUGGGGUGAAAACCAGCGCAUUACCAACAAAGGCUGGAGACUGGAUUACUUUCUUGCGUCAGAGUCUAUUGCCGACAAGGUCCAUGAUUCUUACACUCUGCCAGAUGUAGCGCUCAGCGAUCACAGUCCAAUUGGCCUUUUGCUGAAGUUGUAGGCACUUAUACAUCUCUCAGCUAUUUGACAACUAAAGCAGGAAGUUUUAACAUCGUCCUAGAUAAAAGACUUGUAGAAAGAUUUUGCUUAUGUAGGCUGAAAACUAUUCAAACUCGGGUGGUACUUCGCGUGGUCUCCUGUCGUCUGUGGAGGUUGUGGAUAGACUAUUCACGUUGUGUUCGAGAAGUUAAAACAUAGCCUAGAACAAUUAGCUGAUGUUCUAUAGCUUGUGAAUACAUCUGUUUAGUCGGCGUAACCGGCGAAAGAGCAUCUAGCCGAGGAGCAUCUAGUCAAGUUAGUUAGGUGGUCUAAGUAGCACCUCUUAAGUGUUGAGUUUGACUCUCCGUGGCAACAAAUUUUAGGCUUGGGGUAAAAAAACCUCUUGUUUAUCCCACGCUAAAGCAUAUGUCUAAGACCCGGUUUCCGGUCGUUCUCAUA